GCGACUCCAACUCACGUUGAGAAACUGAGAAAGUGUAUGUGAAAGAGUGGGAGAGAGAGAGAGUAAGAGAGAGAGAGAGAGAGAGGGAGAGUGAGAGAGACGGAGCGCAUCAGAAAAGAGGCAGAGAGAGUCUGAGCAGUCAUUUAGAGCUUUUUAGCCUUCAGCAUCAUCCGCGCGCAGACUGCACAGGAUUAUUCCUCCACUUAUUAUCCUCCAGUACCUGCUGCUUUUCACUGCAUUGAUCAGGUCUGAGGAGGUUUGGCUUUUUGGGGUGAAGAGAUUUUUAAAGGACUUUUUUUUUUUCUUUUUAAAUCCUCUUUUCUAAUAGAGAAACUGAGAAAGACAGGCACUAGAGCAGUUUUGAACAGCCUGAACAGCUUUUCCCACGUGUUUGCACUGUAGUCUGAGAAGUUCAUGCGCAAUUUAUCCAAGUUUGAAACUUAUUUUUAUUUUAAAAUGAUGCACCGAGGUCUAACCUCCACUUAACCCAGUUCAUUAAAGACUGAGCCAAGUGUUGCCACUUAGACCUCCAGAGCUACUUUAUGAAACUUCAGUUCCACUGCAGUGAGAGAAGUUUUGAGUCUUUCAAGCGAGUUAUAUAGUUUAUUUAUUGUGCUUUGUUUUUGCUGUGCAUCAUUUUGAGGAGUGAUUAGCACUCCUGUGUAGCAGUACAGUACCUGUCCAGCAGAAGCCCCUCAGUUAGCUUUUUCCCCCUUGCUGGGCCCCUGUCUGUCCACGAUGCUCUUCCAAGGCUUCGACGUGCUCUCGGCGCUGGCCACUCUGGCCGCGUGCCUGCUGUCUGUGGCGCUGCUGCUCGCUGUCUCUCAGCAGCUGUGGCAGCUACGCUGGACGGCCACGCGCGACCGCAGCUGCAAGCUGCCCAUGCCCAAAGGCUCCAUGGGCUUCCCCAUCAUCGGAGAGACGUGCCACUGGGUCCUGCAGGGUGCAGGCUUCCAUGCCUCUCGCAGGCAGAAGUAUGGUAAUGUGUUCAAAACACACCUGCUGGGCCGUCCGCUGAUCAGGGUGACUGGAGCAGAGAAUGUGCGGAAGGUGCUGAUGGGGGAGCAUACUCUGGUCAGUGUGGAUUGGCCCCAGAGCACCAGCACUCUGCUGGGUCCCAACAGCCUCGCCAACUCUAUUGGAGACAUCCACCGCAAGAGGAGGAAGAUUUUUGCCAAGGUCUUCAGCCACGAGGCUUUGGAGUGCUACUUGCCAAAGAUCCAGCAAGUGAUUCAGGAGACGCUGCGGGUGUGGAGCUCCAACCCAGAGCCCGUCAACGUGUACCGUGAAUCCCAACGCCUGUCCUUCCAAAUGGCCAUCCGGGUGCUCCUCGGUUUCCGUGUGUCUGAUGAGGAGAUGCGUUUCCUUUUUCACACCUUCCAGGAGUUUGUGGAUAACGUUUUCUCGCUGCCCAUUGACCUGCCCUUCAGUGGCUACAGGAAGGGCAUUCGUGCAAGGGACACCCUUCAGAAGGCCAUAGAAAAGGCCAUCAGAGAAAAACCGCUGUGUACACAGGGGAAGGACUACUCUGAUGCUCUGGAUGUGCUGCUUGAGAGUGCCAAGGAGAAUGGGACAGAGCUCAGCAUGCAGGAGCUUAAGGAGUCCACCAUUGAGCUGAUCUUUGCUGCCUUUGCCACCACAGCCAGUGGUAGCACCUCUCUGGUAAUGCAGUUGUUGCAGCACCCUGCAGUGCUGGAGAAGAUGCGUGAGGAGCUACGCAGCUGUGGUCUGCUGCAUGAUGGCUGCUUGUGCCAAGGAGAGCUGCGACUGGACAGCAUUUACAGCCUCAAGUACCUGGACUGCGUCAUCAAAGAAGUCCUGCGCCUCUAUGCCCCUGUGUCUGGAGGCUACCGCACUGCCAUACAGACCUUUGAGUUGGAUGGUGUGCAGAUUCCCAAAGGCUGGAGUGUGAUGUACAGCAUCCGUGAUACUCACGACACCUCAGCCGUCUUCAAGGAUGUCCAGGCAUUCGACCCUGACCGAUUCAGUCCAGAGCGUGGUGAGGACCGCGAGGGCCGCUUCCACUACUUGCCCUUUGGGGGUGGCAUCCGCUCUUGCCUGGGCAAGCAGCUGGCCACCCUCUUUCUGAAGCUGCUGGCUGUUGAGCUAGCAGGGGGCAGCCGGUUCGAGCUGGCCAGCCGGACAUUUCCACGCCUGGUGUCCGUGCCUGUGGUUCACCCCACCGAUGGCCUCCGCGUCAAGUUCUUCGGCCUGGACUCCAACCAGAACCAGAUCAUGGCCAAGACAGAUGAAAUGCUGGGUGCCACCGUGUGAUUAGUUGGUUGUGGGUGGGGAAAGGAGUAAGUGGAAGGAGAGAAGUGGGUGGAGCCUUUUGACAGUUACUGUUGAAAUAUUUGCCCUCUCAAGUGGCAAACUGUUAGUCGAGAGAGACUCAUAACUUUCUCUUUGUAACUUUCAAGAUGUCACUUUCAUCUGCCAAAAAUGUACAGUCUGUCAUUUUUUUCCUAAGAAAAUGUAAAAAAGAAAACAAAAACAUCAACAAAAAAGAAAAAAAAACAACUAAAAUGAUAAGGCUACAUCAUCAAGAGAUGCUAUGAGAUAGAGAGCACAAGAUGAAAGAAGCUGUUUCCGAAUGUUCAUAGGAAGACUGGAAGGUUCUAAAGGAAAGAAAGAUAGUCAUGUUAUUUGUGCCUAGCUAAGUAGAUGACACAGGGUAUGGCCAAAUGUGUGAUCACAGUAAAGGGGCCAAUUCUGAGCAAGGACAAGCGUCAUUGUUUUCACGGCCUGAAAAGAGGUUCAGUACAGGGGUGUUUUUCAGGGUUAGUAUGCAUGUGUGUGUUAAUAAGUUCACUUUUUGGUAUGUCUGUCAACAAAUGCCUAUGUAUAAAUGUGUGUGUGUGUGUGUGUGUGUGUAUGUACAUAUGGGGGGGUGGGGGGGUAGAUCAUUCAGGCAUUUAGGAGUGUAGGAAACAGUGUAAGCUAGAAAGAAUGAAAGGAGGGUGGAAUUACUCAGGUGUGUAUGUAGUAUAGAAGGACCUUUCAGACUAACCGAAUUCUAUGUUGUAUCUGUAUCUGCACAUAAAAGACAAUUCAUUAUCACAUUAUUCUAUUAAGAAGUGUGUGAGUGGGUGUGUUGAUAUGGAAAAGUGUGUGUGUAAGAGAGAGAGUGUAAACGUGAAAAUACUCAACUUGUGCUUUUUUUUUUGCAAUGAUGUCAGUGUGUCAGGUGUGUAGGCCUCUGAGGACACGUCUGUAGUUGAUAGCAUGCCCAUAUUAGGAAUUCGGGAUCUAAGCAGAUUUCUCUAUGAGAAUCGUCACCAUUGCAUUCUGUGGUGAACAAAAAUGUUGCAAAGCUGAUAAAUUUUGCCGUAUGAACAUUUUUCCUCUGGUCCCUGCUGGAUCCUCUGAAUAACAAUGCUUUCAGCCAAAAUAUGAAUAGUAUUACAUGCAAGCUAACACUGCUGUGUACUAAUCUGACAUCAUAAGACUGGCAACCUCACCAAAGUACCCUACAAAAAUUAUCAAGGCUUGUCAACUGUAUGUGGCAGUUAAGUUACUAUGGCAGUAGCUGGUGUUGGUAUAUAACAGUGUUUGAGUUUAAUAGUAGACUUAGUAUAUAGUAACUAAUGGGGAGAAACACACACAGGACAAAAUGUGUUGGGUUUGAAACAUUUUUGUUUAUCACAAAUUUUUUUUCCAUAUAGAAAAUCUACAUCCAUCCAGAUUCAUGAAUAUUGGCUUAUUGCCAACUACAGAAUUACACUGACUUCAGAGAUCUAUCGAGUACUUUGCGUGGGUGUGUGUGUGUGUGUGUGUGUGUCUGAAUGGGCAUGAAACUCUCAAAACAAGCUAUUCUGGUAAGAAGAAAGUCAUUUGUACUGCAAAGUGUAUAUUCUGAAGACUGAAUUCAGUCAGACAGGGAAACGACAUCACUACAGAAGCCGGAGGUUGCUGGUCACCAUAUUUGCUGCUUGAGAGUUGCUUAUGUAUUCUUAUGUAAAAGCAGAGUGCUAUCUGCCCUCUGUUGAGGAUGACUGUUUUUUUUUCCUGCUGCUCCACUUUGCAACACUAUAAUGCGAAACAAAAAGGUUAAUGAUCAGAGAUGAUGAGAAGACACAUUUGCUAAUCAUCAGUCUGUCUCUUAAAUAUUUUUGUGAACUUUUCAAUGCCACUUCACAGGAACUAUUUAUGUGAGUGACUUGCAGUGGGAUUUAAAAAGAGGGGCACUAGGACCUUUGGUGGAAACCCUACGGAGGACCUCUAUCACUUCUUCCACACAUCAUGCAAAGGACUUUUAUUUUGAUAAAACAUGCCACUGAUAUUCUAUUAUUAAUAAAUGGACAUUGAACUGUCUGCUGCUUCCAAUGUACCGCUUUAUAACAGAGUAGACCGCUAAAGUAGUGCGCACGUUCUAAGCAAAUGAUUGUGUGAGCAAAGAGGGCUUGGGAAAUACACUCAUUUAGAAAGCCAUGGGUAACGCCUAUUUGCAUUGUCUAAUAUCCUAAUAUUAUUCCUAUUAAUAUUAUUGUAAUAUUAUUUGAAGUGCUAUUUUUGUUAUAUUUCAAAAUAGAGUUCUAGUAUAAAUAAAGUUUGUUGGUAAAUAUUGUUAUAUUUAGAAUAUGAAUGGCAGUUAUAUUGUAAACAGUGUUUAAAUGUUAAUAUGGUUUUAUGUUAAUGUAAUUAUUCUGUUAUCAAUAUUAUCAUCAUUGCAUUUAGUUAAUAUUAAUAAACACACAAGCACUUGUGAGGUAUGUUUAUAUUGAGUGCCAUGCGACUACAUGUUCUGUUCUUUGAUGAUUGUCCAGUUUGUCUGUACAUAAUUUUAUUACUUUUUACAAAUCCACAUUUCACUUAGUUAAAAUAUGAAUGUUUUUCCUCCUUUUCCUUUUUUGUUACAGUGAUUCUUAAAUGUACUUGGCAAUUUUAUAAAACCCUGUAAUAAACUAUAAUGUGAAAAGCCAUUA